AUGGAUGCGGCGGAGGCCGGCGCGGGUGGCAGGGCGGGCAGCAGCGCCGACAGCCUGGCUGAGGAAGAGGAGGAGGAGGAGGAGGACGAGGCGGGUCCCGGCAGCGGCCGGUCCAGCCGCACCUCGUCGCUGGUGAGCGGGCUGCUGACCGAGCUGUACAGCGCCGCCGAGACGGCCGUGCCCUCGGGCAGCGCCCGCUCCCGCGCCCUCGGGGAGCUGCAGCAGCGGCAGAGCCAGGUCAAGUACCUGCGGCUGAAAGAUGUUGAUGAAUUAACAACUAUAAAACGAGAACUGAAUCACAGAAUUUCCGUUCAAUCGGCAAAGUUGCUCCGUCUUCUGAAGCAGAAAGACAGGCUUGUACAAAAAGUCCAGAAGAACUGCGACAUUGUCACAGCUUGUUUACAGGCAGUUUCCCAGAAACGUUGGGUUGAUACAAAAUUAAAAUUCACUCUUGAGCCAUCUUUAGGUCAAAAUGGUUUUCAGCAGUGGCAUGAUGCCCUCAAAGCAGUGGCCAGACUGCCCACAGGCAUCCCAAAGGAAUGGAGGAGAAAGGUUUGGUUGACCCUGGCUGAUCAGUACUUACACAGUAUUGCCAUUGACUGGGACAAAACCAUGCGUUUCACAUUCAAUGAAAGAAGUAAUCCUGAUGAUGACUCUAUGGGCAUCCAGAUAGUAAAGGACCUUCACCGAACUGGCUGCAGUUCUUACUGUGGCCAGGAGGCAGAGCAAGAUCGAGUGGUACUAAAACGUGUUUUGCUGGCUUAUGCCAGGUGGAAUAAAUCUGUUGGCUAUUGCCAAGGAUUUAACAUACUAGCUGCACUUAUUCUGGAAGUAAUGGAGGGCAAUGAAGGGGAUGCCCUGAAAAUCAUGAUUUACCUAAUUGAUAAGGUGCUUCCUGAUAGCUACUUUGUCAAUAAUCUCCGUGCUCUCUCUGUGGAUAUGGCUGUUUUCCGAGAUCUUUUACGAAUGAAGCUUCCUGAACUGUCCCAGCACUUAGACACCCUGCAAAGAGCUGCUAACAGAGAAAGUGGAGGAGGCUAUGAACCCCCACUUACAAAUGUCUUCACAAUGCAGUGGUUUCUGACACUCUUUGCCACCUGUCUGCCUAACCAUACAGUUCUGAAGAUCUGGGAUUCAGUAUUCUUUGAAGGCUCUGAAAUUAUACUGAGAGUAGCUUUGGCUAUCUGGGCAAAGCUAGGAGAGCAAAUUGAGUGUUGUGAAACUGCAGAUGAGUUUUACAGUACUAUGGGCAAGCUGACUCAGGAGAUGCUUGAAGACAGUCUGAUUGACAGCAAUGAACUUAUGCAGACUGUUUACACCAUGGCUCAGUUUCCUUUCCCACAACUGGCAGAAUUGAGGGAGAAAUAUACAUACAAUAUUACUCCUUUCCCUGCAGCAGUAAAAUCAACUUCAUUUUCAGGCAGGUUAGGCAGAACCAGAGACAGUGAUGAAGAGAAUGACUUAGAUGAUGAAGACUCAAUUGCUAAUGCAAUUGGUUGUCUUGGACCAUUAAGUGGGUUUUUGGCACCAGAGCUCCAAAAAUACCAAAAACAGAUGAAAGAUCAGAAUGAAGAACAAAGUCUUGGUUCCAGUAACAUUGCAGAAUUAAGUCCAGGAGCAAUAGAUUCUUGCAGAAGUGACUAUCAGACUGCUUUUAACAGCAUGAUGAUGGAGCGUAUGACCACUGAUAUUAAUGCACUGAAAAAGCAAUAUUCCAGGAUAAAGAAGAAGCAGCAGCAGCAGGUUCACCAUGUGUAUAUCAGAGCAGACAAGGGGCCAGUUACCAGCCUCCUCCCUUCUCAGGUAAACCAUUCCCCAGUGAUAAACCACCUCCUUUUAGGAAAGAAGAUGAAAUUGAAUAACAAGUCUCUCAAAAAUGCUGUAAUUCACAUCCCAAGCCAUGCUACGGGGAAGAUGUCUCCCAUUCCCCAAGAAGAUCUUAAGACAAAACUGAACUCUCCGUGGCGCACUCACAUACGAGUCCAUCGGAAGAACAUUGCUAGGGCCAAAGGCCAGCUGGGCUAUGGAGAUACUGUAGGACUGAUAGAUGAGCAGAGUGACAGCUGCAAAACAAAUAGUCCUGGUGCAAAGGAGGAGGCUUCCAAACACUCUGACUUUGGAGAAAGAGAAGAAGGUGGUUUGGAUGACAGGACUACUCGGAAAGCUGAGCAGCAGUCAUCUGAGGCAGACUCUACGGACAGCGGUACAAACAUGUCCACGGUUCAGCUAAAACUGGAAGCACUGGAACUCACCUCAGAUACCCAAACUGAUGUGGAGCCAACAUCCCAUCGGUCCAGCCAGCCACGUUUAUCAGAGUCUUCCACUUCAUCCAGAGACACUGGAAACCUGGCUAAAUCACCCCAGCCUGGGAACCCAAAGCCACAAGUCUUCAAUCCUUUUCCCAGUGUCAAGCCUCUUCGAAAGUCAGCCACAGCCAGGAAUUUAGGGCUAUAUGGCCCCACUGAAAGAACACCAACAGUACACUUCCCACAAAUGAGCAGAAGUUUCAAUAAAUCUUCCAGUGGCAGCAGCGGGACAAGGAAACGAUGAUGUGCUGGUACUCAUUAUUUCUGACAGCAACAAAAGAAUUUGUAUUGCCUUUUUUUUAAUGUGUGCAUGUGUAUGUGUGUCCCAAAGCAUUUCUAAUUGCUAGUUAAGUAACAGGGACAAAAGUGGUUACCAGAUAUAUAAAUAUGUGUCUUUGAAAAUUGUACUUCCAUGAUGUUAUGGGAUAGAUUAGUGAAGAUGCACUCUGGCACCCUAUUGUUAAUUCUGAUGGUCCUGUGCAAAAGAAACAUUAAUUUGCAAUAUGAAGAAUACUGUUUCUUAAAGUCUAACUCAGACAUUAAAUCACCAGCUGCCUUUAACCCCUCAGACCCCAUGGCUGCCUCCUGUCUAUCUGAGCUCAAUGGACCAAUUGUUCAUUGCAGCAGACAGGUGUAACAGUUUUUGUCACUGUUAAGCAGCUUCCCCAUCCAACCUCAUCAUCAUACUCUGGGAGUAGCUGGAGAAGCCACCACAAACAGAAGCACAAGCAGCCCUAGCAAUCAAAAGUGUCACUUUGUGACAUCUGGCUUCAGAUAUUUUUGAGCAGCAUUUUGUGCUUCUCUUCCCACAGCAAUUCUCUGCUGAUACUUUUUUUAAUAUAAACCUAAACAUUGAGCAUGAGAACAGCAGACACAAAUCCAUCCACAACACAGGUUUGCUCUUUCUCUGUUACAGGUGUACAUACAUACAUUUCUCUUACUUACUGCUGGAGAGUUGCAGCACUAUAAAAUUAGGAAUUAGGUACAACUAUUUGUAUAGUUGUAUGAUUAUUAUUCUGACGCAUCUUGGCUUCAAUGGAUUUAAAAGCUAUUAUCUAGAUUAGACUUGUAGUUAAAUAAUAUUUGCCAGCUUAGCAGUAGGUAAAAUAUAUGAAUGUUCCAAAGUAGUUUAGGGGUUUAAAUUCUAUAAAUAGAGUGAUUAGAUACUUAGAGUGCCACUUCCCAUUAAAAGCCAACACAUCAGCCACUAUGUCAGUGGGAUGUGCCCCCGGGCUUCCAUGUCUUGGUUCCUCUUUGGUGUGAAAGAAAGUGAUAAACUGAUAUUUAUUUCCAAAUCAAAUAGCAGAGCUGAUAAAUACUGUAAGACAAGUAUUUAUAUGUAUAUAAUAGAGCCAGACAGAGAAACUAAACUUACAUCGUUCAACUUCAGGACUGCAAAUUCAAGUACUCGAACUCCAAGAAAUUCAGGUUGUUCUUAAAUCAUUGCAGCUCUGUCAGAUGGUAUGUACUGACUGUGAUUCAUUACCUUGAUUCCAAGUUUCCUGUGGCAUGAAAGGGCCAAUAUUUUAAACUGCAGUAAUGAUGAAUCAGCACCAUUGUAUGUAAUAUCUUACUUGCUUUAAGAAAUUCUUUGUUAAAUUUGCAAAUUAAUAUAUAUCAUUGUCUAUGAAUGUAUUCCAUAACCUAUAGUAUGUGACACCAGAUUGACUGUAUACCAUAACUUAUAAGCUGUACAAUAUACUCUGUUCAUUGUUGUGGGAACAGUUUUAUUUUGCUGUUGUUUCAUAUAAGUGUAUACAUAUAAAGUAAUAUACAACUAUGAACACUAUAAUUAUAAAACAGAUGUAGGUCAGAUCUUGCCCCUGCCUUAUUUCCAGGAUAGUAGUAUUGUCACUAAUGAUUACUUACAGCACUAAGUAAAUUUAAAAUAAUGUAGAAUUAAGUCUCUGAUUAUUGACUGUAUGUGAAUUGUUUUUGCACUGAAUUAGAAGAAAUGGACUUUUCAAAAAUUUUCCUGUGAAUCAUCCUCCCCAGUUUUUCUUAGCUUCAGUGUAUCACACGGCUGUAUGCUGAACUCAUACAAAUAAAAGGACUGUCAGUCUGUAAAACCUGCUAAAA